CUUCAUUGUGUCUUCGCAUCUAACGAUCAUGUCGUUCCUCCCCUACUACAGGUCGACGUUUGUGCUGCUCUCAAUCUUCAUCCUUGAAGGAUUCUCCACCGCAACGGAAGUGAGUGUGACAAUAAAGAAUGGUCCUAUCGUAGGUACACAGCACGUGGGACAUUUCGCGUUCGAAGGCAUACCGUACGCAAAGCCUCCGAUCGGAAACCGACGUUUCGCUGGCUCCGAACUGAACGAUGAGCGUUGGCACGAACCCAAGAACACCACCCGCGUUGGUCCGGUUUGUCUGCAGUGGUCUCACCUAAAACCCGGCACCGAUAAACUAGAGGGGGCCGAGGAUUGUCUAUUUCUGAACGUCUACACACCGACGCUCUCGGUGGACGCUUCACUACCGACGAUCGUGCAUCUGCACGGUGGUGCGUUCAUGUACGGUGGCGGCGGAUACUUUAGGCCCGAUUUUCUAAUCAAACGACACCUAAUAUUGGUCACCGUAAACUACCGGCUUGGUCCGUUAGGGUUUCUCAGCACGGAAGACGACGUGAUCGCGGGCAACUUUGGCUUGAAGGAUCAGGUGACGGCGCUGCAGUGGGUACAGCAAAACAUUCGAUUCUUUGGCGGUGAUGCUGGCAAGGUGACACUGUCCGGCUUCUCGGCCGGUUCGGCCAGUGUUCAUCUGCACUAUCUAUCUACCCUUUCGCGGGGACUGUUCCAACGUUCCAUCGGUCACAGUGGUUCGGCACUGAAUCCUUGGGUGAUGGUAGAACGGGCAGCGGAAAAGGCUAAACUAAUAGCUGCCGGAGCGGGCUGUUCACCGGACAGCCCUAGCAAAGAACUGUUGCAAUGCUUACGUCAACUGCCGGCCGAACAAAUUGUGCGCCAAUUGCCGAAAUUGCAAGACUUUCUGUACAAUCCCUACUCGCCGCUGGGUGUUGUGGUUGAAAAGCGUGGCAAACACAACCCAGCACCCUUCCUGGCGGAAGAUCCGCGACAGUUGACUCGCGCCGGAAAGAUGGCCAAGGUACCGUUGCUGCUUUCCGUCACCGAAGCGGAAGGUUUGUAUCCGGCGGCGGAAUUUUUCAGCAACGUGAGCUACCUUCGCCACAUAAACGACCACUGGAACGAGGUAGUGCCAAGCAUCCUGGACUACAAGUAUGCCGUCCAGGCCAGCCACCAGAGGGACGCUCUAUCGCAAGUGAUACGAGCACACUAUUUGGGGAGCGAGCAGCUAAGCGAACGAACUUUUCCUCAAUUCGUACGGCUAGUCUCCAACCGACUGUUCUUUGCUGGCGUUACGGAAGCGGCCAAACUGAUGCAACCGCACAUCCCAGUCUACUUCUACUUGGACCAUUACAAAGCAACGUACGGCCUGUCGGAAGCACUGUCUGGCUCUGGCCAGUACCUGGGUGUACCUCACGGCGAGGACAUUUUGCUCAUUUUCCCCAGCAGUCUUCGCGACGGUUAUCCGUACACGGUGCAGGAGCUGGAUAUGGUGGCAAAGUUUUGCGAUUUGUACGAAUCGUUUGCCCUAGGCUAUCAACCACGAUUCGGCAACCUGGCACUGCCGGUACAGGAAGACCCGGAACGUUUAACAUAUCUGCAGAUCAACUAUCCCAACAGUACGAUCGUAACGUCCGAUUUCUUAAGCGAUGAGCCUUUCUGGAACAUUUUAAAUUUUAAUGAAACCUACGUCGUGCCGAGAGAUUGAACGAAGCCGGCCCUAACUACGCGACGAAGAUCGAACCAAUAGGAGCAAAUAAAAGAAACUCACCCUGUCCUGCAACAGUA